AUGAACGACAUGUGUACCGAGAUCAACAUUCACACCCCAAAGCCUUGCCUCAAGAACAACCAGAUCACAUUCGGUCAUCGAGGUCGCGUGCAAGAGAUAGGCCAAAACACCAUCCUCGUAUGCUGGUCGCUAAAAGGCUCGAAUGAGAAGAAAGGCCGCCGCCCCGGCCAUCCUGAACUCGAGCCUGAAACUGAGUUGGCUGUCAUUAUCGUCCCAGCCCUAGCCUUUUCAUUUCGAACUACCAUGUACUCUGGCACCUCCACGGUUUACCACGAGCCUGAAGGCCCAAACAAGGCCUUUAUGACCACUGUUAUCGGUACUGUUCUCAACGACGAGCCCGCUCCAGGAACCCAAAUGUUGGACUCCGGACUUGAGAACCACAUUAGUAUUCCUCGAGCGGGUAUUCAAGCGGUGCAUAACAAUCCUCGAGGCGCCGAGGAAAUCAGGCGCUACUUUGUCACUGAGAGCUAG